GCAGAUCUGGCAGAUGAUCCAGAUGAUGAUAGCUAAGCGAUUCAAAAGCAUCCUGGUGAAUUAACUAACACAAAAGUCGCUAUGGAAGUUAACAACGAGAAACUCAGUGAACAGUCCGAACUAACUGAAGUACCGAAUGAGGCACCACCUGAGAACUUAACGGAACUCGUCCAGCGAGCCGAACCACUCGAAAUACAGGAACACCCAAAUAGCGACAAACCGAGAAAAAUAUCAGAAAGGAGAAAGAAAAAAUUGUUGGGUAUAACAAAAUAUUUUGUGGAUGGAAAGCCUCCAAAAGAAUGGGCACAGCGAUAUAAAUACUAUCAGCUGCCCGUUACCGAGCAAUGGUCAUCGAGUCGAUUAAGACAGAAUCAAAGUGCAGUGCGACUGAAAUCGAUUACAAAUGAAAUAAAGAAGAUCAGUAGAGAACAACUACUAUUACGUAGAGCGAAACUUCAGUAUAAGGCACAGAUGGAAAAUCCAAUAUGCUUUGUUGGCGUGAAAGAGGAAGAGCAGAAUGUUGACACGGUUAUGGAACGUGAUCAGGUGUUGGGGCUGUAUUCUAGAAUUGACGAGAACAGAACAUCAGUGACCCUCAAAGAAGAACAGAAUGACGCCGUAAAAUGUGAAUUUGAAACUAAAACAGAUAAGAGCACUAAACUUUCCAAAAAAUCGUCCACAUUUUAUGUUUUAUCAGAUAUGACGAGGCAACAAAUUGUCGGAAUUGGGGCUACCACAGAAAAUCGUUCCAUACUAGAUCGGCUACCAUGUCAUGAGAUGCUGGAAGACGAUUCAUCGGAUCCAUCUCAAGAAAAAUCACAGCCACGCGUAACGGAGCUCGACAUUCUGUGCAAUUUGCUUUCGAUCAGAAACGGAAAAUCAAAUUCACAUCAGACACAACUGCUGAACCGAUUCCAGCGUUUUGUGACGCUUUGCACUUCUCGACCUUGUGAUUACAUUUUGGCAACCGUUGCCUGGCACAAAAUUAUGUGUUAUAAUAAUGAUGACAGAAUCGAUGGCUGUUGUCGAACUUCUUUAAGUUAGAAUGCAAGAGUAACAGUCGAUUCACGUGAUAUUUAAGUUAAUUCGUUUAGUGAAGGAUCGCCGAAAGAAAACAUUCGUGAUUCCAUUCAGUCAUUUUGCUAUUUUUCUUUUCAAUGACGUCUGAAUAUAAAAUUGUAUUUAAAACUAAUUACGCGAGGCGAGGCAAUGAUUUUAACCAAAAUAAUUUGUUUUGCUAAAAUACCCGAUAGGUCUUCAUUUACUAUUCAAGUAAAUAAUAAAGAAAUGACUCGAUUUGUAUGUGCACUGAAAAAAAAAAAUUCGACAAUUGCUGUGUGCCGGAUAUUGUAACUGUAUGCCUUAUAAUAUAGGUAAGAGAUCCAUAAUAUUAUGGCAACUGAGCCCAUAUUUGCUUGAUAUGGUUAAUUUACCUAUCAUAUAAGCUGUAUACCCAUAAUAUGGACUAGAAACACAUAUUAUCGGUACAUUGCGCAUAAUAUAGCUGUAUGCUUUAUUAUGAGGGUACAGGCCCCAUAUUUUAGAAGUAAAAAAUAUAGCUGGGUCCCCCUUAUUGAGCAAUUGUAUGGGACUCAUAUUCAUGUGAAAGGAACAAAUCUUAAAGUAAGUGCGACUAAGUCUCGUAUAUAUCUUUUCUUGACUUUUUGAAGGAAAUGGAGGCUAGCUCCAGCCAACGAGGUGUUUUGGUAGUUCUUUUUGUUGAUUUGAUCGAUAUACUGGCAAAUACACCACUUCCUCGUAGUGAGCUAAAAAUGUGCUCCUCGGCCGUAGAUUGAUAGGUGGUGUAUUUUGCGUAUAUCUCUCGACCUGUGGCAGAAAUGUCGGCUUUUUCUGUAAAGUCUCAAGAGAGUUUUGCGAGUCGAAGUAAAUAGUAUUCGUUAAAAAUGAAGAACAGUUAGUGAAGUAGAAGUAAAAGUGACUGACAUUCGUGAAAACCGUCGGUCACUAAGAAUACAUAAGAUGACAGUUCCUAGUCGGUUCCUAGCUUUUUCUGAGAACGCGGCUUUUGAAAAUCAUAAUCUUUGGCUUCGUUGGAAAUUCUUUUGAUAUUUCUUUUCAAACUUUUUUUUUUCGCGACUUGUUUACCGCUUCAUUGUGAUUGUGAUU